AUGUCUCUUGAUACUGAUGUGCUCAUCAUCGGCGCUGGCCUGUCUGGGAUUGGUACUGCGGUCCAACUCAUCCGCCGUUUUGGCACAUACAACUUCGAGAUCAUUGAAAAAAGCAACGACAUAGGUGGCACAUGGGCUUUGAAUACAUAUCCGGGUUGCGGCUGCGAUGUUCCGUCUCAUUUCUACUCAUUUUCGUUCGCGCUCAACCCAGAUUGGUCCCAGGUCUACCCUAUGCAACCUGAGCUGCAUGCCUAUUUUCGCUCGGUGGCAGAGAAGUAUAAGAUACUUCCGCGAGUCCAGUAUCAAGCUGCUGUGAUCAGUGCAGCGUGGAAUGAAGGCUCUUCCACCUGGACUGUGGAAGUACAGGACACAAAGACGAAGGCUAUUCGACAUAAACGAUGCAAGAUUCUCAUCUCUGCCGUGGGUGCAUUGUCCGUCCCACGAGAUUGUGAUAUCCCCGGCGCAGCGGAAUUCAAUGGUAAGUUGUUCCAUUCAGCGCAAUGGGACACGAGUUUCGACUGGGUAUCAAAGGAUGUUGUCAUCAUAGGAAACGGAUGCAGUGCCACUCAAAUCGUUCCUGCGAUCAGCCAAGGCACAGGAGCGGUUCAUAAAGUAACACAAUUCAGCCGACAAGCCCAUUGGCUUGCCAAACGUGUCAACUCAGAGUACUCUCGGUCGUUCAAGUGGGCGAUGCGAUGGGUACCAGGCGUCAUGAGACUCUACCGUGCGUGGAUCUAUUUCAACAAAGAGCUAGGUUUUCAAGGUUUCAAUAUCAAGAGUGGCGAGAAGAUUAGAGCUAAGUGGGCGGAAGACGCAUCAGCAUACAUUCGCCAAACUGCGCCCGAACGUUACCGCGAUGCACUGAUUCCUAAGACCGUCAUCGGAUGCAAGAGGAGAGUAAAUGAUACGGGUUAUCUUGAAAGCCUCCAUCAGCCAAACGUCGAGCUCGUCUACGAUGACCCUGUGGAGAAAAUUUCAAAAAAUGGGCUAUCUACAACCUCCGGACGAUUUGUUCACGCAGAUGCCAUUGUGCUAGCGACAGGUUUUCAAACGCAUAGAUUCUUGUUCCCGAUGAAGAUCACUGGCGAAAAUGGCAUCACUUUGCAGCAGCACUGGGACCAGGUCAGUGAUGGUACUUCUUCUGCAUAUUUCGGGACAUGCAUCGCCGGAUUCCCGAAUUUCUUUACUUUAAUGGGGCCCAAUACGAUCACGGGUCAUCUUUCCGUAAUCUACACUGUGGAAUGCCAGAUCAACUUCAUUCUCAGGAUCAUAAAGCCGAUACUGAACGCUGUUCAGAGACCCAGAAUCAGCUCAGGGGGUGCUCAAUCGGUUAGGGUGAAGCCUGAGGCUGAGCUAAGGGACAAUUCCUGGAUCCAAGAGAAAUGCAAAGCCCUUGUCUGGAGUACCGGUUGCACGUCCUGGUUUAUUGACCCUCAUACCGGCCGGAAUACCCAGAUGUAUCCCCAAUGGAUGUUCCUAUUCUGGCUUCGUAGCUUCUGGAUCCCAUGGGAGGAUUUCGUCUAUUCCCCUUCGUCGUCAAAACCCAAGCCAGUGGGUUCUUUAUCUACGGUGUCACUCUGGAUCUUUUUACACAUCGUCAAGAAUGUCUAG